AACUUUGUCGAAUUCUAGUGGACCACUAGAAUUCAACAUACACAGAUGAACUUGAUCCGUAUAUAUUGACAUUUAAAAUAGAUAGAUAGAUGGUCGAUGGUAGUGGCAGUUGAGCUCCACCCUUCACCAAAUCCUUAAGGAGUUAGGUAGGUUCUUGUAUGACACUGUAUAUUCAUAUCUAUGAAAUGAAAAAGAAUCGUUUCAUAGUUGCUAGCUAAUAGUCAGAUUAUAUAUGUUAGGUUUGACUUACAAUCUCACAAGCUUAGAUUGAUAUAUGUUAGUUCGAUUUAGGGUUGUCAAUAUUUGAUUCCUAACAUCGUAGGAAAGUAGGGUGACAAGAUCAAACUGCAGCUUGAUCCUAAAAGCAAUCAACGCACAACACAUAAAUAGUGAAAGAUAUCGAAAGAAAUUGACCCAUUAACAAGCUUACCCCCUUUUUUUUUGGAUUGCUCCCUUUUCUAUCUUGAUAAGCCUUAUCCUGAUAGCAUUGAUGUGUGAUAGCUCUAUAGAAACCCCAACCCUCACUGUGGUCCGAUUUGGAUCCAAUGUGGUCCAAUUUGGUGGCGGCUUCAACAUUCUAUAAAUUGAAUGUUAUCCACUCCCCCACACGCUACUUCUCAUGGCCAAUGCCACUUUCACGGAGAAAACUUGCAUGCUCUCCUCACCUAAUCACUCUUUCCCUUGCAAGUACAAGCCCCAGAUCUUAUUUCGAUCACAUCUACUGGUUAGCAGUCACUAUAAUCGUUUGGUGGCCACAAAAGUGGCUUUUAGGUUCAUUCAUUUGGCCCCACAACUCUUUGUUCUCUACUUCCUUUUUCCACUACCAGAGGUGGAGUGGACCACAAUACUACUACUACUACUACCACCGCCACCGCCACCACCACUGAAAGAGUGCGUCACGGAAACCGUACCAAGAUGACUACGGAACCCCAAAAAGAGUCCCACUUCACCUACUCCUCCCUUUUGGUUCCUUGGGGGGCUUUGGUUGAUGCUUAUCGUUCCAAGGUAUUAGUGUGCUAGUUGGCUUCUAGAAACCUAUUUAUUUAGGGUAAGUAUGUUGUACUCUUGUGUCGAUAAAAGGUGUUUGCGUGACCAAAAAGGUCAAGGGGAGGAACAAGAGUCAAACCAGAGUAGGUGCAACAUUGAAUGAUAUGAUUGGCAUCGACCAUGCCCAAUUAGAGUGUAGUUUCUUCGUAUGAUUUUAGCGUUAGAUUUAGGUCUGUAUGUGGGCCCACCAUUUUAUGGAUCUCAUGCUUUGAGAUUCGUUCAGAGGUUUGGUGUCCCAGGUGGCACGCCAGGAGAGGUGUGGAUCCCACAUUAUGGAGGAAAGAGCUGUUUCCUGUUCGCGGAACAGCUAAAAUGAAGAAUGUAAAAUUAGAAGGGUUUUGCGUCGUACCUGCCGAGACGUACCCGCCCCGUCGACCUUCUCGCCACCGAUUUGAAGCCGUCUACAAAUACGCCCCCCACCUUCCGUUCCCACCAUCGCAGGCGAGAAUGAUCCGACGGAUGUCGCGGGUGGCGGACUGCUCCCAGUGCCCGGCGAUGCGGGGGUGGGAGAAGGGGAGGCGGCCGGCGGCCGCGGCGGCGCAGGGCCACGUGCCGCUCCACGUGGGGGAGGAGAUGGAGCGGUUCGAGGUCCGGACGGAGCUGCUCGCCCGGCCCGCCUUCCUCGAGCUGCUGCGCCGGUCUGCCCAGGAGUACGGCUACGGGCAGCGCGGCGUCCUCCGCAUCCCCUGCCCGGUCCCGUUCUUCCGCCGCCUCCUCGCGGCCUGCGGGAGUAGGGUGGAGGAGGAGGGACUGCUCCGGUCCUUCGACGAGUUGUUCCUCUCGUCCUCCGACCCGAAUUGACCCGGCGAAUCGAAUCCGCUUCCUGGCUUCUUUUCUCUGUUCGCUGAUCCGCCCAUGGAAGCUGUUGUUGUAGAUAAACUUCAUGGUGUAUCGAAGGAGGGUCUUCUUCCUUUUUACUCUGUAGAGAUACUGAUGAGCUCCAAUUACAUGAA